AUGUUCGCCGGCGACGGCCUCUCCUCUCCCCCGCGCCCUGCGUGGGGCACGCCCAAGAAGAAGAAGCUUCCCAACAAUGAUCUGCGCCCAUAUCCUAGCACUCCAACCCCGCUCACUCCACGCGCCAUCCCUAUUCCUAGCUCCCCCAUUCCCAACCGCGUCUCUAAGUCAAUGAUCCACCCCGCGCAGUCUCCCUUCACCUUGUGGCCGGGGUCGGCGGCUCCUACGACCCCCUGGUUGGGCACAGCCCCGUCACUCGGGUCUCCAGCCUACCACCUCUACACCCCCAUCUCCCAGCAGGGUCCACUUGACACCGAGUUCAUCGGUGCUGCCACUGCCCACGAUGCCGAAGCUGCAGACCAAGGUGUGGAUGCGCCAGCCAGCGGGCUGAAGUUUGGUGAAGACCUCACUCCCGCCCCGAAGACGCGCAAGACUCUUGCCCAACUCCAAAUGGGUCGUCGUUCGAUAGCGACGAAGCGCCACCACACGUCUCCCUUCCCCGAGUUCAAGGCCAAGAACAACGUGUUCCCCAUCCAGCCGCGUACUCGUGCCGGAAUGAGCAGGGCCAAGACGCUCCCAGCCCACCUUCCCGUCCGCGUCUGGACGCGUGAGAUUGAGGACGAACCCUCGCCGGCUUUGGCCCUCCUUUGGCCCGUCACUCCCGGAACUGCUAUACUCUCCAGCCCCACCAAGCUCAAGACCAAGACCAAGCCCGAGGAUACUCGUGUGGCCGCCCAGGACUCGGUGGGUCCCGCGUCGCCACUGGUCCGUGGUAACCGCCUCAAGUUCUCCAAGUCUAUGCCUGUCAUCAAGACUCCCGCCAAGUGGAGCUUGAAGCCGGUGUCUGGUACUCCCACGUUCCCCUCCAUCAAGGCCAAGCGCUCCGCCCUCACCGAGGAUUCGGAGUCGAGUGGCGGAGCUGCCAACAAGAAGACCCGCGUGGCGCCACCACCUCAACAGCUCCCUCAAGGCCGCCUGUAA